AGGGUGGAGCGAUGGGAAUGACGCGCAGGAGCGCCAAUGGAGUGCCGCGGCGGGCUUGUUGUCUUACACCGGUGGGUAAGGGCUAACGGUUUCCGGUAGUGGUAGCCCCCCCGGAGGUGGGAGCGAAGAGGCGAGGACGCGUCCCGAAAGCCCGGACCCCUGCAGCGCCUGCGAGAUGAUGGGCUACGAGGCGUCCGAGUUGGAGUCUAUGGAGGGCGAAGAGGCCGUGGAGGCCCCGGGGCCAGCCCCGGAGCCGCGAGCCCCGGAGCCGCGAGCCCCAGAGCCCGAGCCCGAGCCGGGCUUGGACUUGAGCCUGAGCCCGAGCCCGUUGCCCGAGAGUCCGGAGCGGCGGGACGGCAGCCCGGGACGGCGGAAGGGGCGUCGGGGCGGCAGCCGGAGGGGGCGGCAGGUGAGCAGCGGCGAAGCCCCGGCCCCCUGCUCGCCUAGCGUCCGGGACUCCGCCGCUCACCGUUCCGCCCUCUACUCCCAGGUUCGUUUUCACCUGGCGCCGUCCUCCCCGGGGCGGUCCGAGCCGCUGCUCGCGCCCGGUGCACCGAGCGACGAUGCCGCGGCGCCGCACGAGCUGGAGGCGCCGGCCCUGCAGAGCAGCCUGGCUUUGAGUCUGGAGCUGCAGCAUGCGCGCGCCGCCGUCGCCAGCGGCCAGUUUGAUGCCUCGAAGGCGGUGGAGGAGCAGCUGAGAAAGUCGUUCCAGACCCGCUGCGUCCUGGAGGAGACCGUGGCGGAGGGGUUGAACGUGCCGCGCUCUAAGCGACUCUACCGAGACCUAGUGAGUCUGCAGGUGCCAGAAGAGCAGGUUCUGAACGCGGCGCUGAGGGAGAAGCUGGCGAUGCUGCCGCCGCAGCCCCGAGCCCCGCCCCCGAAGGAGGUGCUCGGGCAGGGACCAGACAUGACCAUGCUGUGCAACCCAGACUCUCUCUGUUACGAAUCUCCGCACUUGACAGUGGACGGGCUGCCCCCGUUAAGGCUUCAAGCCCGGCCCCGCCCUUCAGAAGAUACCUUUCUCAUGCAUCGGAUGUUGAGGCGCUGGGAAGCGUAGCCUCCACAACUCCCCAUAUUGCCAGUCUGUACUUUCGUUAAAACUGUUUCCUCACAGAAUAAAGUUUUUUUUUUUUUUUUAAAAAAACAACUUAGUUCCUCGUGGGAAGAAGCUACCUGUAGGUGUAAAUUUUCUUCCCUCCCCCCACGAUGGCAAGUGGAAAGCCACCGUCUAAGUGUGGGGUCAGAUUUUCUUUUCCGCUUAAAUCACCUUUGUUUUGGUUAGAAUUAGAAUUUCAGACUUAGCCUUACAUCAUGGUGCCCUAUCCCAGGACUUGGGAGGCCGAGACAGAAGGAUCCUGUGUUCAAGGAGUCUGAACUAUGCAAGUUAUUUCUUUUAAUGUGGUUUCAGGCUGGGUAGGUUCAGCUCAGUGGUAGUAUCUAGUUAAGCAUGUACAAAGCCCUAACUUUAAUCCCCAGAGCGCGAGUGCGUGCGUGCGUGUGUGUGUGUGUGUGUGUGUGUGUAAGUGUAUGCACAGGUAAUAGAAUGCUUUAGAUUUCCACUUUGGCUGAGUGUGGCGAUGAACACUUGUGAGGUAGACAGGAGGGUUGGGAGUUCCAGGUCAACCUAAGUUAGGGGAUACUGUCUCAAAAACCACCAUAGGGAAAAAAAAUGCACCCUCACUCUGCCCCAUUUAUAAGAACAACUUUUAAUGUUUUAAUCUAUAUAGCUCUGGUUGUCUUGGAACUCAUGUAGGCUGGUCUGGUCUUGAACUCCGAUUUGCCUGCCUCUGCUUCCCAAGUGCUAGGAUUAAAGGCAUGCACCACUAUACCUGGCUAUUCAAAUACUUCUGUUCAAAAAGUAUUUACCCAAAUGUGGGUAUUAACAUUAAAUAACUGCUUGAAAGGAGA